AUGCAGUAUCUGUUAUUCCUAACAGCAUGUGCUGUCGCCCUUGCCCUACUUCUCCCGGCCGCGACAGGCCUCUUCCACGGAUCCCUGCAGCAUGAACACUGGCUCGAGACGCGGGAAAAAGACCACAAAUCUCCCAAGAAACAGAAGGUUGUUCCACCAUUGGUCCUUGAUACUUUCCAGAACCCAACACUCAACGACCUCGGCUUUUGGCACGGCACUGGCGAGAAUCUAACCGUUCAGCAUGAGCCAGGCCUCGUGCGUCUCUUUCCAACUGACCCAGAUCAGAACUUCCAUACGCAGUUUAACACGCACGGCUGUUUCAGUCUUUGGCCAUGGCAGAACCAGUUUCUGCACGUUGUCUUCGAGGGUACGGACCGGUUUAGUGUCUCUUUGAAUGAACACAACGCCGAGUGCAACCCCCGCCGCAGUCCAUUCCCAGGUAUCUCUGAUUCGGUCGAGGCCUCGAGAUAUACAAUGAGAACCACCUCGGGAACUGUCAAUGAAGGGGGAGAUGCCGAUGAUGAAGGCGAGGAAGAUGUGGAUGCAGAUACCCGGGGAACAGCCCUAGGAUCACCCAGCGAAAGCAGAUGCCAGCGAGAGAAGGAAAAGACCCAAGUUCCAGGGCAGACCCAGCUCUACAUCCCGCUGUCGCACUUUCACAUUGAUCAGAGCCGCGUCGUCUCUGUUUCCUUCCAUGGCUUCUACACCAACGAGCCUCUCACACUUCGCCGCGUCGAGAUUGUUCCUAUGGUGCCUCCGCCAUCCCCGGCCAAUGGCCACUUCCGCAUGCCCGGAAAGCUGCCCACCGGCAAUUUGGUUCUCCGUUGCACACGGCCCAACUCUUUUGCUUUUGGUAUCGACGACGGACAGCCCCAGUAUGCUCAAGAGGUCAAGAGAAUCCUUGAUGAGGAGAAUGUCCGGGCGACAUUCUUUGUUGUCGGAGCGGGCCUGAGAGAUCCAUCGACCAACUUCACUGAGUUCUAUCGGCAGAUGUUGAGGGAGGGCCAUCAGGUUGCUCUCCAUUCCAAUACCCAUCCCAAGAUGGAAGGGCUCUCGACAUCUGGUGAGAUCGACGAUGAAAUCAUUAAGACCAAGGAGGUUUUCAAGGAUAAGCUGAAUGUCGAGUCUUCAUACUUCCGGCCACCAUUUGGAACUGUCGGCGCGCGGAUGCGGCAGCGGCUAGCCCAGCAUAUCCCCAACCCGUUCAUCGUGAACUGGAGUGUCGACGUCGAGGACUGGAUCUGGGCCAACACCACAACUCCUGAGAAGCAGCUGGAUGCAUUCUAUCAAGGCGUGGCUCGAGGCGGCAACAUUGCCGUCAUGCACUUCUUGAAUCCGACUACCGUGCGAUAUCUCCCACAGUUCAUCCGGCAUGUGAGGUCCGCUGGACUCCAGAUCAUGCGGAUUGACCAGUGUGUCCAGAGCCCUUAG